AUGCCAGUUAACACUCCAGAACAACCUCUUGAACUUCACUUGAGACGUAAGAUUCUUUUGGCUUACGACAAUUCAGAGUAUAGCAAGGCAGUAUUUCAAUAUGCCACGGAAAAUAUCUUUAUAGCUAAUAAAGACCACGUAUCUCUUGCCACAGUUGUCGAUGAAGAACAAUCUGCUUGGCUGUUAGCACAUACAUCUAGAGCUCAAAACGCAGAAAAUAUGAAAACGAAUAGACGUUUAUCACUUUCAAAUCAUUCCGAAGCAUCUGAAUUCUUGAAACCUUUAACUGAAGAGUUAUCAUCAAAAGGAGUAAGUGAUCCAAAGGUUCAAUUAAUUAAACUUGCUGAAAAUGCUCACGUAGAUUUAGUAAUAGUCGGUACUAGAGGUCUUGGAGUAUUGAAGAGAAAUCUUUUGGGGAGUGUAUCUGAAUAUGUUGUUCGAAAUUGCGAAUGUUCAGUUCUCGUGGUUAAACAGAAACCAGAAAAGUCUAGAAGUCGUCCUGCCUCCCCAACAGGUGGAACCAGUUUCUCAUCAAAUGCCAGAAAGAGUCUCCAAGCACCAAUUUCUUUACUCAGGACUUUAACAAGAUAA